CGGGGCUGGAGGGCAGGGCCGCGGCAGACGUGGGUGUUAAGCGGCCACCCCCGCCGCCGAGCCAGAGCCGAGAGCGGGCGGCGGAGCGCGAGCAGGACGCGGUGGGAUAUGAGGUGCCCAUCAUAAGCUCCAGAGAGUCACCCUCCACAGAGCCCAGCAGAGGAGCGGGAGAAUAUGAAAUCCAACCCUGCCAUCCAAGCUGCCAUUGACCUUACGGCUGGGGCCGCAGGGGGCACCGCGUGUGUCCUGACUGGGCAGCCCUUCGACACCAUGAAGGUGAAGAUGCAGACGUUCCCCGACCUGUACCGGGGCCUCACCGAUUGCUGCCUCAAGACCUACUCCCAGGUGGGCUUGCGGGGCUUCUACAAGGGCACCAGCCCGGCGCUCAUCGCCAACAUCGCCGAGAACUCCGUCCUCUUCAUGUGCUACGGCUUCUGCCAGCAGGUGGUGCGGAAGGUGGUUGGACUGGACCGGCAGGCCAAGCUGAGUGACCUGCAGAACGCAGCUGCCGGCUCCUUCGCCUCUGCCUUUGCUGCCCUGGUCCUCUGCCCCACGGAGCUGGUGAAGUGCCGGCUGCAGACCAUGUACGAGAUGGAGACGUCGGGAAAGAUAGCCAAAAGCCAAAACACAGUCUGGUCUGUCGUGAAGACUGUCUUUAGGAAGGACGGCCCCUUGGGCUUCUACCAUGGACUCUCAAGUACUUUACUUCGAGAAGUACCAGGCUACUUCUUGUUUUUUGGUGGCUAUGAACUGAGCCGGUCAUUUUUUGCCUCGGGGAGAUCGAAAGACGAAUUAGGCCCUGUCCCUUUGAUGUUAAGUGGUGGAUUUGGUGGAAUCUGCCUGUGGCUUGCUGUUUACCCAGUGGAUUGUAUCAAAUCCAGGAUUCAAGUUCUUUCCAUGUCUGGAAAACAGGCGGGAUUUAUCGGAACCUUUAUAAGCAUCGUGAAAAAUGAAGGAGUACCGGCCUUAUAUUCUGGACUGAAACCUACCUUGAUUCGUGCGUUCCCUGCCAAUGGGGCCCUCUUCUUGGCCUAUGAAUACAGCAGGAAGUUGAUGAUGAACCAGUUCGAAGCAUACUGAAGUGUUGCAGCGAACCUCGAUCCAAGUGCAGGCAUUUGAGGACUGCCGUUCAUCUCAGGGUUUCAAAGAGUACAAGACCAACGUGGAGUUAUUUUGAUUUCAUGCAAAUUAUUUUUUUUUGUCUUCCAUUCUUCUACCUUAAACUUUAUAGAAGAGCCUCUAUUUUAUAGCAUAUAAUUUCUGCCCAUAAUUGUAUUGAAAUAGAAAAAUUGCUGCUCUUGUCCAUGGUGGGACAUGCAGGGUAGGUGGGCUGCUGGUCCGAGGUAUACCUAAUCUGGAGGGCUGAGUAGAACUAUAUCAAGGGCAUUUGCAUAAACCUGUAUGUGUCCAUGCAGUUUAGAUGGUUAUGUGUCAUGAGUGAAGCACAGUGUAGCUCCAUGUUUUAUCUCAGACUGCAUCAGAAAAAAAAAAAAAUGAGGUAACCAUGUUUCAUGAGGAUGGUUAUAAAUGCGUAAUCCAUUCUAGAUGUAGGGUCUCUUUUUUAAAAAAAAUCUGCGUAGCACGUACACUAUACUAAGUGGGUACAGUUUUUAAAACGUUUUCCUGUGGUGCUUGAAAACUUAUGUCCAUCUAGAUUUUUAAAAAGGAGAAUGUACCGCAUACUGGUGUGGCUUUCACGUUCUCGACUGACGUUUCAGAGGAAGCAUGCUGGAUUCUCCUAGGAUGCUCCUCUGUGAAAAUAGUGCCAAUCAUCUUCCAGGUAGGACCACAUUCUGCGCCCCGACAUAGGGCUGGGUGUGGUCCGGAGCCUUUGAGAAGCAGCCCGGGGCCGGCUUCUCCUCCCUCCUCUCCCAAGGGACUCCCCUCUGCUGGGCUUGAGCUAGAGGAAGGGGCUGAGGGGACGGCGCCGCCGCCGCCCGCCGUGGUGCUCGGUGAAGCUGGUGGCUGACAGCUUCCUUGAGCUGCUUUCUGUCUCUGGGUCCUGGCCUGGGUGGGGUUCCAGGGAUUCUAUUGGACUCUCUUUCCGUUUGGGGCCACGCCCUCCUUUGCUUCCGCCAAUCAGAAGCCCCUCCAGGGAGCUGUCUGCGGAAGCCCAGAGAGGCCCUGGCUCUGCAUCUGGGGGAUAGGCUGCUCCUGGGCGAAGCGCUCUCCUCUCAAACAUCCUUAGGACUUGCCCUCCCCGUGAGGGGUGUUAGGUGAGCUGGGCUGAAUUUUUGUCUCAGGAUCCCUCAAUCCUGGUCAGGCUUUUCCAGCAUGAGAGCCUUUUGACGUGGGCCUCUGGCUGUCGUGAAUUUCAGCGACGUGGUCUCUGGGGUGUGACUUGAUCAAUGAAACAAGUCAUUUUAUUAAACUAUGCCGUUUGUCUGCACUACUCACGAACCCUAGUUCAUUGGGUUUCUACAGACUUGGGAGGGGCAGCUAUUCUCUGUCGUCUGGUGUAAGGGAGCUGCCCCGCCCGGUCCCAGGACCACCCAGGGCUCUGAUAAAAAGGUCUUAAUCGGCCUCAGCGGCUGAUGUGUUGUUAGUAACAGUCCUCAGCCGUCUGUCUGUCAAUGUGGGAAACCUCUAGUUUCUGCAAGCUUUUUGUUCUCCCUGAAGCCUCGGUGGUGACUCUAGCCACCUGCCGGAAGCCAGGAGGUCAGGAAGGCAGGAUGCUCAGCGUUGUGCCCAAUGGGUUCGUGUUAUGCCUGGUCUUGAAAAGCAUUUUUCUACCUACCUUUUCUCCAUAUUUAAAUGGUCAGUAGCUACUGAGUAGUGCUUCAUCUAGACAGGCCUGGACUGAAGCCAAAAUAACAAAGGGGACUGGUUCCCCCAGGAAGAGGCUUCCUCCAGAGCCCACUGGCAGUACUACUUCCCCUGUGUUGUCCUGCAAAGAUGUAACUGAAUUUCUUCAACGGAAACCGUCUGAGGCAAGUUAAGAGUGAAUGGGAGUAAGGAAUGGGAACUUAAAGUCAGAAUUGUGUUUUUGUUUGUUUCAUUCUAUUCGCUUAACUCAUGGUUCAGUAUUUAGGUACAGUUUGUACCAUUUCAGAUGUGUACUCCAGACAAAAAUAUAGUAGCUUGAAAUACUAUGUUUAAAGAAAUUCUUGUGUUCUGUCAUUAAAUUAUUUGCCUAAUAGGUGACUAUAUGAUUUAAGUACAUAUAUGCAAAGAACUGUCGGGAAUGCUUGAGUCAUGUAUGGUGAUAUUUCAAGCUGGUGGUUUUAUUGCAAUUAGCAUUGUUCUUUGUCAACAAAAUUCCUGAUGUAAAACAACUACUGAUAAAAAUCCAUGUUAUCUAUACACUGCAGUGAUGAAACUUGACCCACAAAAAUUACUGUCCCUCCACCAGGCUGUGGAUGUGAUGUGAUUGAUUUGCCA